CCAACCACUCAUUCUCUCAUCCCCAAACCCCCAAAAAAUAAAAGAAAAAUAGAAAUAAACCCUAAAUUAAAAAGCAAAAAUAUAUUUACUAAUUUUUGAAAUUUCCAAAAAAGAGCUUCGAUUCUGGAUUGACAUUCUGACAUUUUUCCUUGGCGAUUUUGGAGGCUGACGAAUUAUGGGGUGAAUAAUCCUUUGGGGGAAUCGAACGAAGCUUUGUUUUGCCCUGUGAUGGAGUGGGAUAGCAACUCGGAUUUCAGCGGGGACGAGGAGAAUUUGGAGGAGGAAGAGGAUAGGUUAGGGUUCUUGUUCAGCACCGAUGCCGGUGGCACGCCGCUUCCUUUUCCGGUAGACUCGCUUCUUCAGCCGACGCCUUGCGGUUUCGUUGUCUCCGACGCCCUCGAGCCGGACAACCCCGUUAUUUAUGUUAAUUCCGUGUUUGAGAUGGUUACUGGUUACAGAGCUGAAGAGGUUCUCGGUCGAAACUGUCGGUUUUUGCAAUGUAGGGGUCCAUUUGCUAAAAGAAGGCAUCCGUUAGUGGACUCUGCUGUAGUUGCUGAAAUAAGAAGAUGUCUAGUGCAAGGGCUUGAAUUCCAAGGAGAGUUAUUAAAUUUUAGAAAGGAUGGAUCUCCAUUGAUGAAUAGACUGCGCAUGACCCCUAUUUAUGGAGAUGAUGAGACAAUCACUCAUAUUAUUGGUAUCCAGUUCUUUACAGAAAUAAAUCUUGAUCUUGGUCCACUGCCAGGAUCUUCAGUUAAGGAGUCUAUAAGAUCAUCUGAUAGGUAUCGAUCUAGUCUCUCUUCUUUCGGACCAUUUUCUGAUGGAAACCGGAAUAUCACUCGUGGAGUUUGUGGGAUCCUACAGUUGAGUGAUGAAGUCCUGUCUCUAAAGAUUCUUUCACGGUUGACACCUAGAGAUAUUGCAUCUGUUGGCUCUGUUUGUAGAGGACUCUAUGAAUUGACAAAAAAUGAAGAUCUUUGGAGAAUGGUUUGUCAGAAUGCUUGGGGAAGUGAAACAACACGUGUACUGGAGACAGUACCUGGAGCAAAAAGAUUAGGUUGGGGUAGAUUGGCGAGGGAAUUAACUACACUUGAAUCAGCAGCUUGGAGGAAAUUAACUGUUGGAGGUGCUGUUGAACCUUCACGUUGCAACUUCAGUGCUUGUGCAGUUGGGAAUCGUGUUGUUCUUUUUGGUGGAGAGGGGGUAAAUAUGCAGCCCAUGAAUGAUACAUUUGUGCUAGACUUGAAUUCGAGCAACCCAGAGUGGAAACAUGUAAAAGUGGGUUCACCACCUCCUGGCCGUUGGGGUCACACACUUUCUUGUGUGAAUGGGUCUCAUCUUGUUGUUUUUGGGGGCUGUGGGACUCAAGGCUUACUGAAUGAUGUUUUUGUGUUGGAUUUGGAUGCCAAGCAGCCCACCUGGCGUGAAAUAUCAAGUUUGGCCCCACCACUUCCGAGAUCUUGGCACAGCUCCUGCACCCUUGAUGGGACCAAGUUGAUAGUGUCUGGUGGUUGUGCAGAUUCUGGAGUACUUCUGAGUGACACUUUCCUGCUUGAUCUUUCCAUGGAAAAGCCUGUGUGGCGAGAGAUACCUGUAGCAUGGACUCCACCUUCCCGUUUGGGUCACACACUAUCUGUUUAUGGUGGCCGGAAAAUCUUGAUGUUUGGGGGGCUUGCUAAGAGUGGUCCUCUCCGUUUCCGAUCGAGUGAUGUAUUUACAAUGGAUCUGAGCGAAGAGCAGCCAUGCUGGAGAUGUGUGACGGGCAGUGGAAUGCCUGGUGCUGGAAAUCCUGGAGGCAUAGCUCCUCCCCCCAGACUUGAUCAUGUAGCUGUAAGCCUCCCUGGCGGUAGAAUUCUGGUUUUUGGUGGGUCUGUUGCUGGUCUUCACUCGGCCUCUCAGCUCUACAUCCUAGACCCUACCGAAGAAAAGCCUACAUGGAGGAUUUUAAAUGUUCCUGGUCGACCUCCAAGAUUUGCUUGGGGACACAGUACUUGCGUUGUUGGAGGAACUAGAGCGAUAGUCCUUGGAGGUCAAACAGGGGAAGAAUGGAUGCUAAGUGAGCUGCAUGAAUUGUCUUUGGCGAAUUCUACCACCAUAUGAACUAAAGAAAAAUAUUAAUAAUUUGGAAAUGCUGUUGCACAAAAGUCAAUGCGAUUUUUGUCUGAAGAAAUAAAUAUUUAUCUUGAACCAAGCACUUGAUGUAAAUUGUUUUUGCUUGCUCCAAAACGCCCAACUGAUCAGUAAGUAUCCUUGAGCUAGUGGUUCCUUUAUUUAUUCUCUUGAAGCUCAUGGGCAUUGUGAGUGGUUGGUCUGAUCUGAGCAUAAUUUUGUGAGAGGCUUGUGUGAAAUAGUUUCUUUUGGUGCACUUGGAAUCAUUUACCUUUUUCGGGCUAGCAGUAGUGGAUAGAACAGUAGGAUAUUCUGUGUUUGUAGGUGUAGUCUGUAUUCUGUAUGUCUAUGUGCUCUGCUUCUUGUUCAGGCUGUGUACUUUGAACACUGGAGGUCAGGGGUAAUAUAUAAAAACACGAAGAAAAAAAAUAGAAGAAAAAAAAAAAACAUAGAAGGGAGGCAGAGAUGUGGAAGCAUGGGAAAAUAUGCAUUAGGUUUCUGAUUUACUUAUGCUUUGUUUAUUAACAAUUCAUGCAGUAACAUGUUUGUUGU